UGUAUAAGAAAGACAUCGUCAACUUUAAAGAACCACUUUUUCUGUUAUUGCAACCUCACUUUCUUCUUCAUAGCUCUUGUUCUCCUCCCUCUUCACAUUUUAUCCCAAAUUAAGUUUCAUCCAUGGCAGGAGUCGUCGCUCAAAUCAACGGUAAACCCAUAUUGAUCCAUGCACUUUUCCGGUCAAAUCCUAGCCGUUCAUCAUCACCGUUGUCCUUGCCGCCGUUGUCUUGGAGAAAGGGGAAGGUCACCAUGUCAUGCAAGCGGUCUUAUUUAGCCUCCAUAAAUGAAGACGUUAAAGCCCACCUCAAGCAUGCCAUCCCGGUACGAGAACCACUCGCCGUUUACGAGCCCAUGCACUAUCUCACUUUUGCCGCUCCCUGGAACACGGCGCCAGCCUUAUGCGUGGCGGCGUGCGAGCUCGUCGGCGGCCACCGGAGCCUAGCUUUGCCAGCAGCAUCCGCGCUUCACCUCAUGUAUGCAGCCUCCUACACUCACGACAACCUUCCCCUACAAGAAAGCUGCAGGCCCAAGUCCACAAUCCACCACGAGUACGGCCCAAACAUAGAGCUGCUCACGGGAGAUAGUAUUCUGCCUUUUGGGCUAGAGGUGCUUGCCAAAUCGGAUGAUCCGGCCCAAAACAUAUCGGGCCGGAUUCUACGCGUGGUAGUUGAGAUCACACGCUCCGUUGGUUCACAAGGAAUGAUAUAUGGCCAAUAUCUUGAGAUAGAAUCCAUUCAAUCCAACGGCUGUGGUUCAUGCCACGUGGAAGAGAUCGAACGCGUGUGUGAGAAAUACGAGGGUUCUUUGUACGCGUGUGCUGCCACGUGCGGAGCAAUCAUGGGAGGAGGAAGUGAGGAGGAGAUAGAGAAGAUGAGAAGGUAUGGUUUAUAUGUAGGAAAAAUUCAAGGAAUGACAAAUAGAAUUAAAGGGAAUGAUAAAGAUUUGGUGAAAUUAGUGGAGGAGAUGAGAGGUUUGGCAAUCAAGGAAUUGGAAGGAUUUGAUGAAGCAAAGGUUGAGGCAUUUUCUAGUUUCCUAAGGUAAUUUUAUGUAAUUAUUUAUGUUUUAAAAUUUAAAUUAUAUCAUAUUAUAAAUUAUGAACUAUUAGAUGAGAAAAUCACUCUAAAUAUUAAAAAGUUCAUGUUAUU